AUGCCGAGCAAUUACCGAAUCUCGCUGGACGAUCUGACGCCGAACAACCUUGGAGUUUUGCAGCGGAUUAACAGCGUCGUGCUUCCCACAUCCUACUCGGACAAAUGGUACAAGGAGAGUCUGACUGUUGGUGAAUUAGCAAAGCUUGCGUUCUUCAAUGAGGUCCCGGUCGGUGCGAUCCGCUGCGCGCUCGAGACCUCGAAAGAGAGCAGUAAGAUCUACAUCAUGACGCUUGCGGUGCUGGCUGCCUACCGCCGCUACGGGAUUGGCAGGAAGCUGGUCGAGCAUAUACUGGAGUACGCAAAGAGCUCGCAGGUGAAAGAGGUCUACUGCCAUGUGUGGGUCGAGAAUGAGGAGGCAAUGGCGUGGUAUGCGCAUCAAGGGUUCGAGAGGGGAGAGUUUUUGAAGGGGUAUUAUCGGAAGAUGGAGCCGGCGGGAGAUGCGUAUAUAUUCCGAAAAGUUAUAGAGUAA